GUACGCAAAUUGUCAAUGAGCGCGCCGCACAGAAAAAUGUAAAUUCGUGCACAGUAACGCCACUAGAAAACAUAAGCCGCGUAUACGUAUGGCGGGCGUGUAUAGGUGAAACUCAUAGAAUUACAAGAUCAUGCUCUUACGCAGGAGGAUCGUUUCGAUACUCGUUCAUUCCAAAGUUCACGGCCUACUCGACAGGUUGUAGUAGAGGACAUUCUUUUUUUCUUUUAAAUUUGGUUAUAGCCUUCCAUAAGCUAGCAAUCAUGUCUCGUCUGAUCAUUUUUGUGGGACUCGUUUUAAUUUUUGGAGUAGUUAUCGCUACCAAUGAAUCAAAAAUUAAUAGCAGUUCCUUUGUGGCAACCGAAGAGUGGCAAGUGGUCGAAAAAGGAAAACCCAUUCCUCAAGGACUUCAUGUAAGACACAAUUUUCAAACUGGUAUUACUGAAGCUAAAUUGUUGGAUAAAAAUGAAGAAAAAGAUACUAAAGUUAGUUCAGAUUCGUUACCAACAAGUUCAUUAACAUUGCAUCCCCAAAAAUCUAUAAAAAAUGAUGAUAGCAUAGCAACAAAAAAGAAACUAUAUGGGAAGCAUAUGAUAUCAAAGGAUGAUCUACGAAAAAUGAUAGAAAAAUUUCAAUCACAUGAAGAUGAAGGAAAUGAUGUACCUUUAUCAGAAAAAAUGGAAAGAAAACAAGAAGCCGAAGAACAGGCAUCAAAAAUGUAUUCAAAUUUAAUGGAAGGAAAAACUGUAAUGAAGACCGUUACUAAUUCUGAAGCUUUUGAAAUUUUAUUUGAAAGAUUUGAGCCUUAUGGGAAGCUUAUGUCUUCAGGAAAUCUUGAUCCAAAUAAUAUUGACGAUGUUGUGAAUAUUUUAGCUAAUAUUGAAUACUUGGUACAUCAAAUUGACUAUGCCCAAAUUUUUUCUGAUAUGAAUGGAAUGGCAAGAAUAGUUUUACCAUCGUUAAAUGCAACUUAUUAUAGAAUUCAGCAUGAAGCAUUAAGACUACUAGGUGCUGCUGUACAAAAUAAUCCUAAAGUACAGUUAAAAGCCUUAGAAAAUGAUUUGGUUCAAAAACUACUCCAUAUGUUAGUAGUAACGAAUGAUAAUAUGACAAAACAAGUACGUAUUAUGUUUACUCUUGGAGCUCUACUAAGAAAUUGUCCAGCUGCUCAAAAGACUCUCAUUUCUAAUGGUGGGCUGCAAAUGUUCGGUAAAAUUUUGAUGGAUCGUAAUUUCGUAAUUCAAACAAGGAUCCUCAAUUUAAUAAAUGACUUGGCAAUUGAAAGAAUUAAUUUGGAAAAAAUUGAAGAUCAAAAAGAAAGAAUUUCACUAAUCAAAGAUUACGAAACAACAAAUUUUGAGAAAGAAAUUGUCAAUCAAAAAUACUGUCAAAAUUUAGUGAGUUUAAUGAUAAAAGUUCCCGAAAUGUACAAUGAUGCUAAUCUUGAAGAUUUAUGUGAAGUUGUUUAUAAUAGCAUGAUUGUCCUCAGUUAUGCAUGUAAAAAUGAAUAUGUGCAAAGAAAACAAGAGCUACUUCAUAAAGUCCAUGCAUUAUACGAUAUGUUCAGUUUGCCUGAAGGAUAUAACGGUCCAGAAUUGUUGAUAGAAGUACUAAAAAUGCUUGUAACAUUGAAGCAUGAUGAGUUGUAAGAAUAAUCAGCACUGUCUGUUGUUAUGUACAUACUAGAAAGUAUAAUCUGUGGAAUAUGUUACAUUUCACAUGAUUUACUGCUAGUCCAAUUGACUGAGCAUAACUGAGCAUCUGAAAGUUUUGAAGUGCAAAUAAUGUUAAGGUAAUUACAAAUGUCAAAAUAAACGUAAUUUGAACGACAAAUAACACUGGUAACAUACUGAUGCAAUAAUAAAUUUAUAUUUUUUUACA